GAGCGUGAAUUUUCGAUUCGGUAAAAAACGUAAAAAAGCUAAUCAAUAAUAUCUAUGAAUGUUUUAAAAAAUUAAUGGACUGCAAAUAAGACUACUGAUAUACGAUAUAACCCUCUAACUUUAAGAACUAAAAGCCGGCUCAGCGGGAGGUAAAUUUUGCGUACGCGUGAGAUGUGAGGAAAUGCCGCGCCGGCAGCAGCCAUAUCGAUGUCGACAACGUCAACGCCAACAGCAGCAGAAGCAACAAUUAAAACAAAAAGUAUCGCGACCCCCAGCAUAAUUAAAUAAUUGCCAGCAGAUCCUCAAUCUGAUAAAUUAAGUUUAAAGUGGGCGCAGUGCGAAGAGCGUCCGAACAUUUAAUCAAUAAAAUAAUCAGGCUAAAGUUACACACCGAACGCAAACAAACAUAAUAAACAAAAGUUCUUAAAUCGAAAGUUGAAUAAAGCGUGCAGCAAAAAUGAAGCGACGCAAUGCAGAUUGUGGCAAAUUACGUCGCCCAAUGAAGCGGAACAAAAUCACAGAGGGCAUGUAUGGCAGCACAACUGUUUUAUACAUGAAAUUUCUCAUACUUUGGGCCAUUGUGAUGGUGGCCGAUUUUAUGUUCAUGUUCCGAUUUGAAUUCCUGUGGCCUUUCUGGCUGCUGCUCCGCUCCGUGCAUGAUUCCUUCAAGUACAAGGGACUGGCAUUUUCUGUGCUUUUUGUGUGCAUUGCAAUAACAUCGGAUCUGGUGUGUUUAUUCUUCAUACCCGUACAUUGGCUGCUUUUUGCAGCCAGCACAUACGUCUGGGUGCAGUACGUUUGGCAUACAGAUAAGGGCAUUUGUUUGCCGACUAUAAUACUCUGGAUGUUGUUUGUCUAUCUGGAGGUGGGCAUUCGAUGGAAAGACAGUCGACAUAUGCCGCAUUUAGAUCUAUGCCGACCUUUUGCAGCGCAUUGCAUUGGCUAUCCGGUGGUAACGCUCGGGUUUGGCUUUAAAAGCUACGUAGGCUAUCGUAUGCGCCAGCGCAAGCAGCGCGAAGUGGCAAAAGAGAAUGAGUUCUAUAUGCAGCUACUGCAGCAGGCGCUGCCAGCCGAGGAGGCUACCGAAGAGGCACAGAUAGCAGGUGCCACAGUGGUGAGCGCUGCAGCCAACAGUGCAGUCGUUGUGCCCAAUGGCACCGGAGGCGCGCCAGCAGCGCUAACCACAUCGUCCACAUCCCAGGCGAAUGGUAUUUUGGCAUCUGCAGCACAAGCACAAAAUCAUCACGAUCAUCAUCAUGGCGGCGGCGCCGGCAGCAGUGGCAGCAAUAAUAAUCAUCAUCACCAUCAUCACCAUAACAACAACAACAACAAUAAUAACAACAACAGCAGCAGCAGCAGUCAUCACACCAAGGAUAACAGCACCAGCGACAGCAGCACAAUGACUGCAGCAACGGCAUCAGCAAUAGCCGCUGCAGCAGCCUCCUCAUCAUCGCCCGCAUCUUCGUCAUCGUCCACUAACACAUCGGCCUCGGCAACAGCCAGGCAAUCAAAUGCAGCAACAGUAGCAGCAGCGACAACAACAGCAACCUCAAAUGGUCAUGUUGGCGGUGGCUCAAGGAAUCAUCGGCGUAGCAUGGACAAGGAAAAGCAUCGCAACAAAGGCGAUGCAGCCGACAAUGAGCACAACAAUAGCACGCGGCAUGGCGGAAAGAAUAGCAACAGCAACAGUUUUCAGCAAGUGGAUGGCAAUGCAACCACAACAAGUAAUAAGGAGAAGUCAGACUGGGAUAGUAGCAAUAGCAACUAUCAACAACAACAACAACAACAACAGCAACAGCAGCAGCAACAACAGGGGGCAAAGGACAAACAGGGUGCAUUGAACAAAAAGAAAACGCUUUAUUCGAAGCAAAUUGAUAUCGCCCCCUUGCUUGCAGACAAAAAGACGCACAAUACUGUCGGCAACGGCAACGUCCUGCAGUUCGAGACAGAUGAGGCAGCGGUCGCUGCGGAACCAGUGCCUCAAGUAGAAAAGGCGCCGAAAGGCCGCCGCAAUCGCGGUAAGAAGGACAACUCAGCCAAAGACAAUCAUAGCCAGCAGCAGUCACAGCAAAAAGAGACUGCAGCUACUGCCGCACCUGCUGCAGUAACUAAUACCAGUAAUAACAAUAAUAAUAACAACAACAACAACAAUGAUGCCAGCUCCGUAUCCUCGUCGGCCAGCUCAACAUCGAGCAAUGCAACCGCUGCCGCCAUCUCGCACAUAGCCAGCAAGGUGGUAUCCAAGAUAUGCGAAACGUGUCUCAAGCUGGAGGCCGACGUUAAGAAAUAUCGCGCCGAAAUAAGCCAUAUGAAGCAAAUCGAGAACGAACUGCGCCAAAAGCUUGACGUGAAUCUGACCAGCAAGUCCAGUUUGCAGGCCAAGCAAAAGGAGUGCGAUGAGCUUGAGAAGCGCAUACAGGAGCUUAACAAUGCACGCCAUGCUGAUAUGCUCAGUCUGCAGACUGUGGAGCGUCGUCUCAACGAGGAGCGCCGCCAGAAGCAAUCUCUUGACGCUCAGCUGGCCAACGAGAAAAAGGCACGCAAGGCCGCCGAGGAGAAGGCUGCACGUCCUGAGUGCAGCGUCCAAUGCAAGCAGAGGCGCCAGCAAAUGGACGAGGAGCUGAAGCGUGUGCGCAGCGAUCUCAAACAGACCGAGGAAGCUAAGCAGAUGGCCGUCGAUCAUGGCCGGAAGUUCGAGCAAGAGUAUCGUAUGUUGGAAGUUAAGGUACACAAUCGCGAGUCUACGCAGGCGGAUGCUGAAAUGCUAAUGAAUGCACUGGCUUCCAUGCAAGAAAAGAACUCCACGCUGGAAAAGAAUCUAUCCGCAGAGACGAGAGUUAAGCUGGACUUAUUCUCGGCUCUGGGCGCGGCCAAGCGCCAGCUAGAAAUAUCUGACAGUCAUCGUCGGUCCAAGGAGGAUGAGGUCAUUGAUCUCAAGGCCAAGAUAGCACAGCUGCUGGCUGUUAUGCCGGAUACACUGUGCCUGAAUACGGGAGCACAUGGUCCCGGCGGAAGCAUGCUGCGCAUGAACGACACACCUCCGCUACAAUCGGGCGGACCUGGCCCGUCCUCACCCAUGCUCAGCCUAAGCGUUGCGCAAGAGUAUCAACAGCAUCAGCAGCACCAGCAACAUCAACAGCACCAGCAACAUCAACAGCAACAGCAUCAACACCAGCAACAGCAGCACCAACACCAACAGCAGCAGCAGCAGCAGCACCAACACCAACAGCACCAACACCAGCAGCAGCAACAGGUUGUGCCCGUUUCUCAACAGCAGAUGGUGCCCGUAAGUGUGGCCGCCGCGCUACAUGUGGUUGCCGGUAAUGUGGUUAACGGCGGUGGAGGCGGCGGUCUCUCGACGCUGGAUCCAAACGCAAGUGUGUAUACGCCCAAGACAGGCAACAUGAUGGUGGUGCCGCCCGUUGGCAUGAAUCCCAAUGGUGCGGAUGCCUGACGCCAGCAGCACCAACAGCAGUCAUCUGCGUCAUCCUCGCAUCAGCUAAUGAGACGACAAGUUUGAGAUUAUUAUACUUUAUAUGAAAAGCAACAGCAAACAGCAACCGAUUGAUUUAGACUACAGUAGUCGAACAGAAGGCGAAUGGAUCAGUUUGCAUAUGAUAUAAUGAAUGUCCGUACUAAGCAUAAGCAGUUUCCUUUUACACCCCACAACUACAACAGUAUCACACAGUACUACACGAUUUUCAAUUUCCAUAACCAUCUUUAAAUCUGUCGCAAAACACUUCAAAUCACACAACCGAUACCGAGAUACCAGUUAGUUGAUUGUUUUCCAAAAAUGUCUUAAUAAUGCGCUCAAUUUUCUUUUUUCUCCCGAAUACGCAAUCAAUUGGAGUUUUGUAAUUGAUUCCAACCAAUAUGGCUUUAAACGUCAUUCCACCUGCUGAAAACGUUAUCAAAACUUAUUUCAAAUCAAUGGAAAUCGUUUUCAUCAAUUGCCAACCAAGAAUUUCGUUAACGCUAAUAACUUUUGGUAUCCGGCUUGUCAACUUUUAAUCCACCCAAGAUCCGCUCAUGGAAUCACAUAAACAAUACACAUUUAGCAGACUCGUUACGCGAGUUUUUGAUUGAUUUGAAACAUUUUAAAAAUAAUAUGAAUGAAAAAAACGCAAAACCAUAAAUGGGAAUUUGUAUUUCUAAUUUGAAAUGCAAAAGAAGCGAAAUGAAGAGAAAGAUAAAAAGAUCUGUUUACUACUUAUUUACAAAACGCUGUGAGAGUUGACCAACUUUAGUGAUGGCCUUUGAAUUUGGCGUAAUUUUUGUUUUUGCCAAAUUUUCUGCCCCCUUUUCAAUGGAAUUUUUGAAGUCUGCGCCCUUGAUUUAUUAUCUCAUUAAAUUAUUUUUGUUAUAAACUUUAAUUGUACGCCUAUUAUGUAGACUUAACUAUUUUGAAAAGCAAAACAAAAAACCAAUCAAGUUUCUUUUUAAGUUUUAAUUUAUUUGUUGCUCUUCCUAUAAACAAAAUAAGCAAGUUGAAAAUGCUUGAAUUUAAUUGCGAAGAAAACGAAAAACGACGACUAUUUUGUUUAAUAAAAAACCAUUUCA